GGUGGAUCAAAUGAAAAGGAAUAUUCCUAGUGUUUGUGACACCUGCCGUUUGGUGAGAUGUAGACCGCAAUGUAGGCGCAACUGAGAAUACCGUCUCUAUUGUUGAGCUUUGACAGAGUGUUUUUACCCGAUAAAGUCAGGUUAGGCUAUAUUUGCUAUUCUGUCAGGUCCUAUGUUCCGAACUGGCUACGGUGUAUUAGGUUCCCACGAUGUGAGAAAUGUGCAGGAGGGCAUAGUUAGAGGAACAUUACAGUUGGAAUGAGAAAGCACGUGUGUCAGCGUGCCCAUGAAGCAGGGGAUCCAAAGUGCCCUGUGAGAGAGAGACAGGUUGAGAUUACCAGAGUUUGAGAGGGUACGUUUCCUAUGGUGAGGCAGUGAAGAGAGUAGAGGACUGAAAUGUGACCGAAAUGUGCAAUUCGCACUCUGACCUGCGAAUGACAGCAAUAUGCAACACAGCGUCUAGUCUGCCGGAAAGCCACAAGAAGAAUUUCGCCACAGUUAUAAACUGUAUAUCACAAGUCUCAAAGUCUAAAAACUGGAUAUUAUUGUGGCUGCAGCAGAAACUUUUUGGGGAUUUAAGGAUUUUACAUUUGAAGACCGGAAAAACUGCACUCCCAGGUGCCCCUUGAGCCUGUGUAGUUUCAGAUUCCUGCCUGACUGAGGAGAGUCAGAACGUCCAAAACGCUGAAGAAUCCUGUAUUAGGAUUUCCAGUGUCCAGAUGGUGUGGGUGUUCCUCAUGAACCGCAUGGGGUCUCAGGGCAGCACAGUGGCCCAGCGGAGACGCAUGGCCCUGGGGGUGGUCAUCCUCCUGCUGGUGGACAUCAUCUGGGUGGUCUCCUCUGAGCUCACCUCAUACAUAUUCAAGCGGCAGGAGUAUAACAAGCCCUUCUUCAGCACGUUCACCAAGACCUCCAUGUUUGUGCUCUAUCUGUUGGGGUUCCUGCUGUGGCGGCCAUGGAGGCAGCAGUGCACGGGCAGUCUCCGGGGACGACACGCAGCCUUUUUUGCUGAUGCCGAGGCCUACUUUACCCCCUGUAUCAAUGACACCAGUUUGAAUGACCAUACCCUAAGUGAACCCUUGUAUGUUCCAGUGAAGUUUCAGGGUCUUCCGACUGAACAGACAAACUGUGCCAUUGGAGAUUCCACCUCUAAAAAGCAACGGGUGCGCUUCAGCAACAUCAUGGAGGUGCGCCAGCUCCCGUCCACACAGGCCCUGGAGGCCAAGCUAUCGCGCAUGUCCUACCCCGCCGCCAAGGAGCACGAGUCCAUGCUCCGCACAGUGGGAAAGCUCACCGUCACCGACGUGGCCAAGAUCAGCUUCUUCUUCUGCUUUGUGUGGUUCCUAGCAAACCUCUCCUACCAAGAGGCCCUGUCGGACACGCAGGUUGCCAUAGUGAACAUUCUGUCCUCCACUUCAGGUCUCUUCACCCUCAUCCUGGCGGCCAUAUUUCCCAGUAAUAGCAGCGACCGCUUUACUCUGUCCAAGCUCUUAGCUGUGGCUCUGAGCAUGGGAGGAGUGGUUCUUGUCAGUUUCUCCAGCAUGGACAGCCCUGACGGAAAAGGCACUAUAGGCUCUCUGUGGUCAUUGGCUGGGGCUGCUCUGUACGCAGUCUACAUCGUCAUGAUCAAGAGGAAGGUGGACCGGGAAGACAAGCUGGACAUCCCCAUGUUCUUUGGGUUUGUGGGUUUGUUCAACCUGCUCCUCCUGUGGCCAGGGUUCCUUGUGCUUCACUACACAGGCUUUGAGGCCUUUGAGCUGCCCAGCAAGCUAGUGUGGAUCUACAUCCUCAUCAACGGCCUCAUCGGUACCGUGCUCUCCGAGUUCCUCUGGCUAUGGGGCUGCUUUCUCACCUCCUCCCUAAUAGGCACACUGGCCCUCAGCCUCACUAUCCCACUCUCCAUCAUAGCAGACAUAUGCAUGCAGAAGGUGCGUUUCUCCUGGCUGUUUUUCGCUGGAGCAGUUCCCGUAUUCCUCUCCUUCUUCAUCGCCACUCUGUUAUGUCACUACAACAACUGGGACCCUGUUAUGGUGGCGCUACGAAGAGUGUUUGCCUUUAUAUGCCGCUCGAAACACCGGAUUCAAAGAUUGCCAGAAGACUGUGAACAGUGUGAAAGCCUUAUUCCCUUACACACCGUCUCCCAUGACAAUGAAAGCUUCUGCUUGUGAUGCACCAGCCAAUCACAAGAUGGUGAAUACAGCGCAGAGCAGCGCGCGGAAGGUGAAGUGACAAUCUCAAAACGACCAAACAGAGACCUUACCCCAGUGCCUCUCAUUCAACCUAUAUAUUCUCUGCAGUGUGGAGAUGACCGAUCCAUCUCUACAAGAUGAACUCUUUUUCCUUUGUACAACGUUGACGCGACUCGUGUGUUUUGUUAUGUCGGAUUACGUUGUGUAAAAAGAAGGACUUUAUGGUACUGAAAGUGCCAGCCUUUUAUCAAUGGCUCAUACUGUCAUGUGGCCACUUGAAAUGGUACAGGUUUAAAUAAUGAGACAGAGGCUUCAGUCAGACCAUAAGGAGAAAAGCAAAGGUAUUGUUUUUGUUGUGAGGGGAAAAGUGCUCUGAUUGGCUAAUAUAGAUGUAUCCUCUUGUUGGUUGGCUAAUGUAGAUGUAUCCUCUUGUUGGUUUUCUAUAGCCUCACUGCUUGUUCACAGGUGUGGGUUUGGAGCAAGCACAAUCAGACCUGUUAAUCUAGAAAUAGUAUGGGUGGAAAAAGUUGGUCAUGUACUUCAUUAUCAGGCUGUUUAGGUGAUUUACGAAUCCGAUUUACAGAUCUGUCCAUAUUCAUAAAUGGUCUCAGAGUAGGAGUAUUGAUAUAGGAAUUGUUUAGCCUUUUAGAUCAUAAUGACUAUGAUUAUAUGGAUACAGAUGACCUGCACUACAUCAGCAAUGCUACUCUAGGACACUUUUUUUAAUACAGGUCCAUUUGUGCAGUGCCUGCUCAGAAUCACUGUGAACAAGCAGUAUCUGAAGUUUGAGAUUAGAAGAGAGCUGAGCACAGCUGUUGACUACAGCCUUUGAUUUCUCCCUCAUACUCUAUAUCCCUCUAUCUCUGGCCCCUGGCAGCCAGGCAAUGCUGGAUCAUGAAGGAAAUCUGUGAUGAAGACGUUUGUAUGCGUUCUAAUGUGAACUAAGACUAACCCCUCAACUAAACUAAGCUGCAAUACAAAAGUUAUAAUGCUGCUGCCUUUUCAACUGAAAUCAGAUGCCAUCUCCAAACCGGUGUAAAUACUGUACUACGCCAUGAAAUGCAAAUAAAUUAUUACUUUAGUUUCUAUUUCACAUAAUGACCCUUCUAUACAAAUAAUAGCUUAGAUGUUCUCAGAUGUUUUACUCCACUUGUUUUUGUAAAUCUUAACACGUUAUGACACUAAAAAAGGUGGCAUGGAUUUAAGACAGACCAAGUAAAUAGAUUUUGCAGUAUGUUUAACAAAAGCACUAUUUACCAUCCAAUUAAGUUCCCUUAGUCUUAAUAGAGACCAUUACCUAAUAAUGUUCUGUUUUAUCAUUUCUACCACUCCUCAGUGGGCAUUAGGAGCCAUGAAUGGAGACUUUAUCUAAUUUGAUUAUCUUUCAACAAUUAUGUUUAAUGGUAAAAUUUAUGCCAUGAUAAUGUUUGUAUGUCCAACAAUUGUAUUUUAGACACAUUUUGUUUGAUCACCACCUACAAUGCAAAUCAAUCACCCACUCACUCUUAUUCUGCUGCUGAUUUAAUUUGAUGAGUAAAAGCAUAUAUUUUUAGUUUUUUUUUGUCUCUGUAACCCUUGAUGUACACCAUGACAAGGAGCAUGUUAUCAAUAUUUUUCCAUCAACUGUCAACCUGUGUACAGAACUUUAUGGAGUGUUUUCCCAGUGCUCGGUAUGGAUAGGACACAUUUUGACUGGUGAUAAUUGCAGGAAGUAAUUACUUGCCCUGUAAAACUGUUAAAAAAAAAAAAAAAAAAAAAAAAAAAAAAAAAAGUUCAGCCCCUUGAGCCAUCUUUAACUUUGUCUAACUCAGUUUUUACUUUCACAUUGUCAAAAAAAAUGUAUACCUUAGCCAAUAGCUUUUGUCACUAUCAGCUGUGAUUAAUGCACAAAGGAAAUCAGCUGUGAGAUGUAUUUGGUUGUUUAUUAAUUCAUGGGGUUCCUGUAGUCUAUUUAUAUUUGCAAAAACAGGAACUCUGGAACUGUACAUCCUAUGAUAAUUGGUAAGCUAAAAUGUAGAUAUGAAACAAAUGAUUAUAUCAUCCAUUUAUGGAGUUUCUUAUCGAUGGGCAGGGUGCCAGAUACAUAAGUGCAUUGUUUGUAAUUUUUUCAAAACUCAUGUUUUUAAAAUGUGUGUGUUUUCAAAAAAGCAAUCAAUGGUGCUUAUGGAAUGUGCAUAUAUCGUGUAAAGUUGUUUUUUUUUCUCAGGUACUUUUACUUAAUUUUCCUUUGUCCAAUCAGAUUUUGUUUUGAUAAUGUCCCUUCCUUUAUUAAUGGAUCUCUUUUUAAAAGAUGUAUGCUGAUUUAUAAAAGUGUGAUUAUCAUAGUUUACUGUGUCAUCACAAGCUCUUUUGAUGUGAAGAUUCACCCAUUUUGAAUGUUAUAUCGUUUUUGUGCAUCUCUGAGCGAUGUUCUAUUUAUUCUUGGUAUCAUGCACAAAAACAAUGUAAAAAAAGAAUAAUAAUAAUAAAUGGGUGAAUGUGAAGCUUUCUUUUGUCUUUGUUCCGUAAGUCCCUUUUCAAUGUUAUGCUGCACUAUUAAAACUAUGUGAAGAUGUAUUUUCA